AUGCUUUCCAGAUCUGCUCUCCUGCAGAGGAUAAGUAGAAGCAGCUUUUCCUGUCCACUUCCAUACCUCCCAAGCCCACCUCUCUCCCCUUACCACCACACCCAAAGCUCCAUCCACACCACAUCCAGCACCAUGGCCUCCGGCAUCUCAGCCCAGCGCAUCGAAGCAGAAGCACAGCACCUCGCCAAUGGCACCUCCACUUCUAUCAAUGCCUGGGCCUCUCCCUCGCCCUCGGCUUUUGAUUUCCGCACUGCUACAACACUCGCCGACGAUGUCUUCCAAGAGGACCCCACGACCAACAACCUCGAAACUUUCAUGGCAAAGCUCACGGGCAAAGAGGCAGGCCUCUUCGUCAUGUCCGGCACCAUGGGGAACCAAAUCGCGAUCAGAACUCAUCUCCAGGGCCCGCCACAUAGUGUCGUGGCAGACCAUAGGGCACAUAUCAUUGAGUGGGAGGCUGGAGGUGUUGCAUCGCUCAGUGGAGCACUGAUAAAAGGUGCGGUCCCUAGUGCAGGAAGGAGCUAUGUUACCUUGGAGGACGUCAAGAAAGUUACGGAUCUGAGGGAUGAUGUGCAUGGAUGUCCGACGAAGUUGAUAUCUUUGGAGAAUACCUUGGGAGGGACGAUCAUGCCUUUGGAGGAGACUAGAAGGAUCAGUGAGUGGGCACGGGAGAACGGUAUUGUGAUGCAUUUGGAUGGUGCGAGGCUAUGGGAAGCUGUUGCUGCCCAAGCCGGAACUUUGAAGGAGUUUUGUGACUGUUUCGAUUCGGUGUCGCUGUGCUUUAGUAAAGGAUUAGGAGCACCGAUCGGAUCCGUGAUCGUGGGAACGAAGGCUUUUGUGAAGAGGUCAAGAUGGGUGAGGAAGGCGAUCGGUGGUGGGACGAGGCAGCUGGGUGUUCUCACUGCUGCAGCAAGGGUCGCUGUGGAAGAUACGUUUCUAGGCGGGAAGUUGAAUGAAUGUCACGAGCGGGCACGGCAGAUCGAGAAGAUUUGGUCAAAGUACGGCGGCAAGACAACAAAUCCCGUGGAGACCAACAUGGUAUGGUUUGACAUUGAAGCUGCUAAUAUCACGGCGAAAGACUUCAUCGAGGCAGGGCAGAGAGUUGGACUGCGGCUGUUGGGAGGUAGACUGGUUGUACACUAUCAAAUCGGGGACGAGGCACUGGAGAGAGUGGACAUGCUUGCCCAGGCGGUGUUGAAGGGCAAACAGCUUAAUGGCAGCGUUGUGCACGAUGUUGAGAGGAUGCAAAUUACGACUGAAUAG